GAUCCAUGAAACUUCAAACAGGUUACACAUCAGCUAUAACUACUCUCCUUUUACAGGAGUGAUUCACCAUCUUCUUUAUUCAAGUGGAAGGAAGGAGCCUGAGCGUGUGUCUCGGAGCAGCUGAAACUAAGCAGACAAGAUUCUUGACAUGAGUGAAACUGAACAAACAAUGGAGCAAUCAAAUAAAUAUAUGUUCAAACAUAAAGGAACUUAUUUUGCACAAAACACUACCACAGCUGAAUAUAUAGAUUCACUGGAGGAUUUUGAAAUCAGAGACAGUGAUGUAUUUGUGGUUACUUAUCCAAAAUCAGGAACUGUGUGGAGUCAGAAUAUUUUGAGCCUGAUUUAUCAUGAAGGCCAUCGGGGUGGAACAGAAAAUAUAGGUCUAAUAGACAGAGUUCCAUGGCUGGAGUAUAACUUACGUAAUGUUGAUUAUGUCAAUCGUCCAUCACCUCGGCUCUUUGCUACUCACCUGCCUUGCAAUUUAGUUCCAAGAGAUCUCAGGAACAGGAGAGGAAAAGUUAUUUAUGUUGCCAGAAACCCUAAGGAUGUGGUGGUUUCCUAUUUUCAUUUUUCCAAGCUUGCUGUCAAACUUGAGACAAUAUCAGAUUUUAACAUUUUUCUGGAGACGUUUUUAGCUGGGAAAGUGUCUCCUGGCUCAUGGCUGGAUCACAUCAGAGGCUGGUUCACCCACAGGGAUGACUUCAACAUUCUCUUCCUUACCUUUGAGGAGAUGAAGAAGGAUCUCAGAGGCGCUGUGCUGAAAAUCUGCAAAUUCUUAGGAAAGCAGCUAACAGGAAAGGAACUGGACACAGUCGUAGAAAAGGCUUCAUUUGAUAACAUGAAAAGGGAUGCCAGAGCAAAUUAUGAAAGCAUGCCAGAAAGUGUCCUGGAACGAGGCAAAGGACAUUUCCUUCGCAAAGGGACCAUUGGAGACUGGAAGAACACAAUGACUGUGGCGCAGAGUGAAAGGUUUGACAGCGUUUUUAAGGGAAAAAUGAAAGAGCUGCCUUUCAAGUUCAUCUGGGAUAUUCAUGAAGAUCUCUAGUGUGGGCUCCAGUUGGAGACAGGUGACAGUACACCACAGGGAAUGAAAAUAUCUCUUUGUCACAGGUGUUCAUAAAAAUCCAUUGUGCUGUGCAAUUAAAGAUUUGAAACCUGCAAAAUUUUGUACUUCUCACAUGUGUUUGCACAUCAUGGUGAAAAUCCAGUUCUAAGGAAAGGUGCCCCGUUCUGUCCCAGCUGUCCAGCAAACCUCAGUAACUGAACUGC